UACUUUUCCCUCGCUCAAGAUGGCGUUUAUGAGUUUCCGCCCUCACAGCUUCUAGUUUCCCGGUCUUUGUAUAGAGCUGUCAUGGCGUCUUCUCUCAGUGGAAUGUUCUCAGCUCAGCAGCCGGGUCCUCCGCCUCCCAUCCAGCCAGGAGCACCGGCUGGACUCAUGUCCACUCCGCCCGGGGCCAAGAACCCUAGCGGCACUUUAGUGGAUGAUUUAGAGUCUUCCUUUGAGGCAAGUUUUGCGUCUCUUGUCAGCCAGGAUUAUGUCAAUGGGACAGACCAAGAGGAAAUUAGAACGGGGGUUGAGCAGUGUAUCCAGAAGUUUCUAGAUGUCGCUAGACAAACGGAAUGUUUCUUCCUGCAGAAGAGGUUACAGCUUUCUGUUCAGAAACCUGAGCAGGUUAUUAAAGAGGAUGUUUCUGAGCUUAGAAAUGAGCUGCAACGAAAGGAAGCCUUAAUACAGAAACAUCUGACAAAACUCCGGAGCUGGCAACAGGUAUUAGAAGAAAUAAAUGGGCAACAUAAAAAGACCAGUGAGAUGCCGCAGGGGCCGCUGGCUUACCUGGAACAAGCUUCAGCCAAUAUCCCUGCCCCUAUGAAGCAGACCUGAUAGAUAUGGACUUACAGGGUAGAGCAAUGCUUAUGCCGGAGUAGAGAGAACAAUCGGGACAUACAUUUGCUGAUUAUGGUUCAUUUCUAUGUUGAAAAGUAUGCUGGCUUUGUAUAUAAUAACUGAAUUAAAUAAAAAACAACUUUUUUUUUUUUA